AUGGUGAUAAGGAAUGGUAUACUUGAUUCAGAUGAUGAAUGUGAGGAUCAUGACUCACAGCUUGUGGAAGAAAUCGCAGCAUAUGAUGAUGAGUAUGUUGAAGAAGUCUUCAAUCACUCCGCUGGCUGCGGCGGAGGUGGCGGAGAGGGGAAGAGAAACGCUGUCGGGGGUGGCGGAGAGGGGAAGAGAAAUGCCGCUGAUGGUGGAGAUUUAAAGAAGCUUUGGGCAGGAGGUGACAGAGAGGGGAAAAGAAACGCCGCUGGGGGUGGAGAUUUAAAGAAGCUUCAGGCAGGAGGUAGUGGAGAGGGGAAGAGAAAUGCCGCUGGCAGAGGAGAUUUAAAGAAGCUUCGCACAGGAAGUGGCGGAGAGGGAAAGAGAAACACCGCCAGAGGUGGAGAUUUAAAGAAGCUUCGUGCAGGAGGUGGCGAAGAAGUGAAGAGAAACGCCGCUGGAGGUGGCAGAGAAGUGAAAAGGAAGGAAGAUAGAGAUCUAUCGGAAUGCUUCAGGUCGGAACAUGAGUCAGCAAUGGCAAGAAAUGGAUGA